CGCUCGAUUGGAACCCUAGAAACUCAACGGUCGAUAAGACCGUGUUUGGUUCCCUCGAAUUACAAACUCCUACUUCCACUAUCACUCUUCUGUCUUAUUCCCCACCACCAAACAAGCGUGCGCCGCAAGAGGUCUAGAAUUUUCUUCCUUUUUUUUGGUUGGGAAAAAAGCGUUUUUUCUUUUCAUAACGUCACCAAACGCAGCCCUAAUUCAAUAGAGUUUUGUUCGUCGCUCUUCUGCGAAAUUUUCUAUUCCUGUUUAUUUUCCUUUCCUGCUCUCCAAGCAAUCCGAAAAAUAACCCUUUUGGAUUCGGAGUGAAAUUUUUUUUCUUCCGAAUCAAUAUUGAGGGGAAUGAGGAAGUUCUAGAGAGGAGAGAUGAAGGCAAUGACGGAAUCAGAGAAUAGGGGCAAGUUGUGGAUGAGUACACAGCAAUCCUCACCAAUGGAUUUGAACGGGCACGAUUCUGCAAUGUUGCAAUCAACGGUUACAUUUGUAGCAGAGGCUUCAUCUCCGGAGACUCAACGUUCAAAGAGCAAAUCCGAAAACGAUAUGCGGUUCUUAGAACGGUCAUUCUCUGCCGCGGGCGCCGCUGUCCUCUCGGCCAUCCUCGUUAACCCUCUCGAUGUCGCCAAGACAAGGUUGCAAGCACAGGCAGCUGGAGUUCCUUACUCACAUCCACUAAGUAAUGUUAUGAGUCGGAUGGCAUAUUUUGGACCAAAUAUGUUGUUUGCUGAUUUGAGGUGUUCGCCAUCAUGCCCCCGUGUAGGAAUUCAUGGUACAGUAGCAAUUUGUCCCCCUGAUUGUUUUCAAUACAAAGGAACAUGGGAUGUUUUCUACAAAAUUAUUCGACAGGAAGGAUUUGCAAGGCUAUGGAGAGGUACAAAUGCAGGUCUAGCACUGGCUGUACCAACAGUGGGAAUCUACCUACCUUGCUAUGAUAUUUUCCGCAACAGGCUAGAGGAAUUCACGGCUCAAAAUGCUCCCAGCUUGACAGUAUAUGUUCCCUUAGUUGCGGGUUCACUGGCUCGCUCAUUAGCUUGUGCUACUUGUUAUCCUAUUGAACUUGCAAGAACUCGGAUGCAGGCAUUUAAGGAGAUCCACGGUGGUAAGAAGCCUGCUGGAGUCUUCAAAACACUAGUUGAGGUUGUCUCCCAUUUCAAAAGCACAAAUAAUGUUCAAAGUUUGCGGAGCUACCGUGUCCUGUGGACAGGCAUUGGAGCACAACUUGCUCGUGAUGUUCCUUUCUCUGCAAUUUGUUGGUCAACCCUGGAGCCAAUGAGAAGAAAACUCCUUAGUCUGGUGGGGGAAGAUGCCAAUGCAGCCAGUGUCCUUGGGGCAAAUUUUUCUGCUGGUUUUGUUUCAGGGAGUCUUGCUGCUGCUGCUACAUGUCCAUUAGAUGUUGCAAAAACCCGAAGGCAGAUAGAGAAUGACCCUGCCAGGGCAUUGAGGAUGACAACAAGGCAAACACUACUCGAGGUUUGGAGGAAUGGAGGGAUGAAGGGACUAUUCACAGGAGCAGGUCCUCGUGUUGCUCGGGCCGGUCCUUCAGUUGGAAUCGUGGUUUCAUUUUAUGAAGUUGUGAAGUAUGGCCUAAAUCACCAGUUCUCAACUUCAUGAUAGAGAACCGAUCUUGCACAGUUUUUCUCAUUUUCUUCUCCUUAAAACUACCAGAAAGGCCCUGGUAGUGAUUCAGCACAACAGAAACAGAUACAUACUUUUUCAUGGAUACCAUAGUAUUCAGAGAUCAAUUGCGGUCACUUUUUUUCCCCUUGGUACAGGCGCUCUCCUAGGUCUGCAAAUGCAGAGUAUAGAUUUUUCUUUUACAGUUUCUCAUCUCUGCUAGUUUUACUUGUAAUUCCCCUCUGAAGAGGGGCAAAAAUUUUGGGAAAUUUUGAGCCGUAACCAUAAUAAACUCCUUCCUGAGAAACAGGCCUUAGUUUUGUGAUGGAAGGUAAUAUUUCUGUUUA